AGGACUGGCAUGCAUGGGCAGCUCUGCUCUGUGCUGGUGGUUGGGACUCAUUCUCAGUACAAUUUAUGUCUGGUUCCUGAAGAUCAACCGAAUAGAAAGGACAAAAGAUUUGUUUGUGCGCCGCAUGUAUGAAGGGGCAUUCCUGGAACAGUCCAUGUUGCUGAACACCCGUUUUGAGAUCAAAAAAAGACGCAAGGAUAAAAGUGUAAAAGAAACCAUCAGAGUGUUUCCGUGUGCAACAAUGUGGCAUGAGACCUAUGAUGAAAUGAUGAAGAUUAUCAUCUCCAUGUUCAGGCUCGAUAAAUACAGACCAAAGUCCGACACAAAUACUGGUGAAGAGUUUGAAUUCCAUAUUUAUUUUGAUGACGCCUUCAAGAAAGUCGGAAAUCAGCGACAUGCUAAUGAAUAUGCUGAAAUUCUUGUGGAAGUCAUUAAAGAAGUUUACACCAUUUUCAGUGUAGAGAAUCCAAGUAUUUUUGAGAAGAUCCCGCAGCUUCCCCGUCAGAGGAUCAUAAGCACUCCGUAUGGAGGUCGUCUGGAAUACACCCUACCUAAAGGCAACCUGAUGAUGGUUCAUCUGAAAGACAAGACGAAGAUCCGUCACAAGAAGAGAUGGUCUCAGAUAAUGUACUUGUAUUACAUUCUUGGCUGGAGACUUAACAGAAAGUACUUCAAGAGGUUUGAGGAAGGUGCAGAAUCUGAGAUUCUUAAAGAAAAACUGAAGAAAGAGAAGGAGAACACAUACAUCUUGGCUCUGGAUGGUGAUACUGAUUUCCAGCCAUCUGCAGUCAUGCUUUUAGUUGACAGACUGAAACUCUACCCGGAUGUUGGAGCUGCCUGUGGUAGAAUUCACCCGACAGGCUCAGGGCCCAUGGUGUGGUAUCAGAAGUUUGAAUACGCUGUAGGUCACUGGCUGCAAAAGUCUGCAGAGCACGUGCUCGGCUGCGUCCUGUGCAGUCCUGGAUGUUUCAGUCUUUUCAGAGGGGCGGCACUCAUGGACGACAACGUCAUGAAAAGAUACACAACUAAAGCCUCUGAGGCCAGCCACCACGUUCAAUAUGAUCAAGGUGAGGACCGCUGGUUGUGCACUCUGCUGCUCCAGCAGGGAUGGAGGGUGGAGUACUGCGCAGCAUCUGAUGCCUACACAAACGCUCCACAGGAUUUUAAAGAAUUUUACAACCAGCGCAGACGCUGGGGACCCUCAACCAUGGCCAACACCAUUGACCUCUUGGGCUCAGGAAGAUUGACCUCACAAAGAAACAGCUCGAUCUCAAAACCUUACAUCUUGUACCAGGUUAUGAGCAUGGCAGCUUCCAUUUUGGGCCCUGCCACUAUCUGUCUGAUGAUAGCAGGAUGCUUUGUGUUUAUCUUCAAAAUGGAUCAAAAUGGAGCCCUUGCUUUGGCCGUAGUGCCCCCUACUAUCUACCUGUUACUGUGUUUUAAACUCAAAUCCGACACUCAGAUUAUAAUCGCAGCAAUCAUGAGUGUAAUUUAUGCAUUUAUUAUGGCAGGAGCAGCUCUCUCAAUCAUAGGUGAUAUAAUCGUGCAAGACACCUUCCUGACCCCUAGUGGCCUGUUUCUUAUUAGCAUGGUGCUGAUGUAUCUCAUCACGGCUAUUCUUCACCCUCAGGAGUUCUCACUUGUCAUCUAUGGAUUUGUAUACUUCCUCAGCAUUCCUAGUGGUUAUCUACUCUUAAUCAUUUACUCAAUAGUCAACAUGAACAAUGUCUCAUGGGGUACUCGUGAAACCGGUGGCAAGGCUAAAACUGCAGCGGUCGGUGCUUUUAGGAAGGUCAUGCAGGCUUUAGGUUCUAAAUGUCCAUGGUUGGGAUUGCCUCAAGAUACACCUGAGGAGGCACUAGUAGUAGAAAACAAAGCAGUGACUGAAAUCCCACACGCUGAAGCUCCUGUUGAAAAAGAAAGGCCAUUAGAGGACUCCAUUAGUUUUGAUCAAAAAGAUUCACUAUGGAUAAGUCAUUUGCAAAAUAAAUAUGAUGACUUGGAUGAGUCAACACUCCCUAUGGAUGAAUGUCAAUUUUGGAAAGACCUGCAGAAAAAGUAUCUUGAGCCUCUUAAAGAGAGCAAAGAAGAGCAAGACAAAAUCGCUGAUGAGCUGAGAGAACUGAGAAAUAAGGUGACAUUUGUUUUUUUCUUCUGCAACGCACUUUGGUUAGUGGCAACAUUCUUCCUUCAAGCUAUUGGUGACACAGUCUCCAUAAAGAUCCCGAAAGUCUAUCCGAAUGGGACUUAUUCCCAAACAGAAACAUUUUCUAUUGAUCCAAUUGGACUGAUGUUUCUACUUAGCUUUGCAAUAUUGCUGCUAAUGCAAUUUUUGGCAAUGGUUUACCACAGAAUCUAUACAUUAAUCCAUUUUGUGGCGUAUGCGGAUACAGAACUCAAAAAGUAUAAAAAACGAGCUCGGAAGAUUGCACAGAGCCAAGAAAACCAGCCUAGGGAGAACGAGCCAGAAACAAGCUUCUGUAUUCAAAACCCAUCUACACACAGAGGAUCUAUAACUAUGGUUUAAGAUCUUGAGACUGAACUCUCCAUUAGGAUUGACUGUACUGUAGCACCCAAUAUAUUUUUAACAGAAUGAUUGUAAUGUUUAUUUAUUAGAUGCCUUUAUUUAUAAGAUUCAUUAAAUUGUUUGUUAAUUAAAAAUUAGCCUGUUACUUUGUAUAGCUAUUUCUGCUAUUUUUUUGUCUCUGUCCAUUGAAACUCUGUCUUUCUCUUAAGAAAGUAAACAUAAAAUGUAUGUACAGGUGUACAUGUGCCCGCAUAGCUAUUUCUGAAAUUGUAUUCUUACUGUAAAGUAUGCGUUUUUGUCUUUUGUCCUUUUAAAACGGUCUUUCUCUUAAGAAAGUAAACCUCAAAUGUAUGUACAAGUGUACAUGUGCCCGUAUAGCUAUUUCUGAAAUUGCAUCCUUACUGUGAAGUGUGUGUUUGUCUUUUGAAAUUGUCUUUUUCUUAAUCAAGAAAACCUGAAAGGGCGGUUUCUCGGACAGGGAUAGACAAAAAAAAGUGUAAGAGCUGUCCAAACUAAAAACAACUUGCACUGACAUAUCUAAAAAAAAAUACCGUGCCCUUUGGUUUGCCUCAAAAUGCACAGAAGUAAUGUUUUUAGUUAGGUAUGUUUGUUAAAACUAGUUAUAUUUCCUAAUUUCUAAACUAAGGCCUAGUCCUCUCUUAAGCUAAUCCCUGUCUGGGA